AUGAAGCAAACAUCAUUAAAUAUCACGGUUUUAGCAGUCUUAAUUGCAUUUGUUGCAAUUCAAGAAACUACUGCCGAUCUUAAGAGAAAUGAUAAAGAACCUGGCAAUACGAGAAAAAUAAGAGAAGUUAUGGAUAAAUUAAGAAAACAAGCACAACCUAGAACUGAUGGACAACGUCCGAAAACUACCAUAAUGAGUGAACUUCUAAAGCAAAAAAUAAGUUGCAAAGAAGUGAAAGCAGCUAAAUUAGAAAGUGCUGUUUGUGCUUAUGAUUGCAGUCAACAUGAAAACACUGGAAUUAAUUGUGAAGGAAAUGCGUGUAAAUGCCCCAAGUAACCUUAAAG